AUGGAUUUCCGAAACUGCCUGUCGAGUGAUGAUUACAUGUUUGAAAUAAAAAACAAUGAGCAGCUCUUCGAUGGGAACAGAAUGGUGAGCAAUAUAAAACCCCUAUGGAGCUUCAAAGGACACGACAACUCGAUUGAGGGGAUCCAUCUCGUGGGCGAAAAGGAGUUUGUAACCAUUUCGCACGACUGUCUGGUCUCCGUGUGGUCCAUAGAUGGUGACAAAAAAAGAGCAGCGAAUGUAGUGGAUGUAAAAAAUGUAACAAACGUGAAGAACAUUAAGCUGGCUAACCCUAUACUAUGUUCCAGCUACCAUGAGACGAAAGGGUACCUGUGUGUCGGAAUGACAAACAAAAAUGACAAUAUAUGCGUAAUCGACAUGGGAGAAAAGAAGGUUAAAGAAAUAUUAGCUAGCCAAUGUAAUUCUAUUUUUUGCAUGAAUUAUUUUGAUGAAAAUAAAAUGACAUAUGGAAGUAAAGAAGGAUCCAUAUGUCUAAUAGAUUUUAAUAAAAAAAAAAAUGUAUACAGAUAUGAAGAGAUGGGUGAUUGUUUAAAUUAUUGCACUUGUAAUGAGGAACAUAAAAUACACAUUUUUAGUUCCUACAAGGGGAACAUGUUAUUUUUUGAUUUCAGACAAGCCUUGCCUAUUCAUAAAAAUGGGGACUUACACUCGAAAUAUUCUAUCAAUACAAUUUUCUCAGAUGGGAAUUCCUUGUACUCAGGAGCAUCAGAUUGUUUAAUAAAAAAAUUUGACUUACGUUUUCUUGAUGAGAACAAGCCAGUGGAAAUAUAUGUUGGGCAUACUUCACCUAUUCGCUUUUUAUCCUUCUCCACAAAAUAUGAUAACCUCUUUUGCUCUUCAUCAGAUAAUGGUAGUAUAAAACUUUGGCAGAGUGAGAAGAAUGUAGAUGGGGUGAAUAGGUCAAGUACCUUUGUAGCUUGUCCAGUUUCUACUUCUGGGGAGAGUGCAAGUUGUGCCUUUGUGCCUCCCCUUCCUGGAGACCUAACCGCCAAAACGGCUACAGAAAGGAGCAGAAAUGGAGGAAAGAAUUUUCUACAGUUGAAUAAAAAAACGGUCAAAAGUAGCAACCGAUCCAGUUCUAUCGUAUCUGAGUGCAAUUAUAGAAAAUCACCUGAUUUGUUUAGAAAAGAAAAUAGCAAUAGAAAUUACGACAAAGUAGGGGGGAAGGUAGAACGGGUUAGUAUGCUCGACACCUAUAGGAAAAGGACUUUGACUCCAAAUGUGCAGAGCAUCCAUGAUAAAAGGGUACAAGUCAUGUCCAGGAACGAGUUAUUCAACAUUAUUAAAAAAGGAAGUGUCAAUAGUGGGAAGGACAUCUCGCAUAAUGUUAAGAGUAAGAUUUAUUUAGGGAACGCAAAGGAGGGGUCCAUUCAGGAACAAGUCAAAGGCGCGAGGACAUCUAGCAGGUUAAAACUACCACUAACAUCGCAGCAUUGUGUACCCACCUCUAAGAAUAGCAUCAGCUGUAGGAACCUCAAGGGGAAAAACAAAAUUAGCAUAAGCGUAUCCAAUGAUGACUCUACCAAGGGAGGAGAGGACAGCCAAUUGGGAUUGAAACCCCACCAAUUCGACAUCCCCUUCCUACUUUUUAAUGAAAGCGAUUUAGCCAGCAGUCAUGCGAAGAAAAUUAAAAUAAGGCACUCCACUCUUUCCAUGUUGAAUCAUAAGGGCCGCGUUUCCUCGAUGGUGUGGGUAGGCGACUUGAUCUUGUCUACGUCGUGGGACCAGACGGUGAAGUGUUGGGACAUUUGUGGGCACGUCGCGGAGUAG